UUUCUCUUUUUAUCUCUCUCUAAGCUUUAGUUCUAAUAGAAAAUUUAAAAGACGAUAAAAUGAUUGCUACACAAAUCUUUAUUUCUAUGAUUAUUUUAAUUUCUCCAAUCCAUGAUGAAAAGAUUAAAAGAGUAACAGAUCAAUCAAAUCUAGGGCAAACAUCAGCUCCAGCCAAAAUUCGUUCUAUUGUGUCCAAAUCUAUUAGUUUCCUUUUAUGGCCUGCAAAGAAAAUCUGGAAAGUAAUUAACGUAUUAAUACCGUUACGUCAAAAUAUCAGUACAAGAAAACAGGGAAUGGGAAAGUGAUAAAUUAAAAUGAAAUAAUUAAUAUUUCAACUGUACUUGAUAAUUUUUAAAAUUAUAUUAAAAUCGGUAUCGUUCAAUUAACACACAAAACAAUUGUUUUCUUUAUAAUUAUAAAUUUGUCACUUUAUUACUAGAAAUCAC